AUGGAUCAGCCAUCUGAGAAUAACGAACCAGAGCACAUCACGGAGACAAAUCUGGAAACAGAGCAGAAGACCGCCGCCGAGGCCGAGGCCCUAGAGUCAGAGAAACUCAAGAAUGCGGAGCUCGAAAAUCUCAGAGCCGAAAAAGAAUCGGCAAUUCGCCAAGCAUGCGACUUGCGUGAUAUUGAUGCAUUAGUCUCAUACGCUACCUCAGAAGGUGGCUUCCUCAAUGAUGAUGUCCGGCGAACAGCCUGGCCUAUUCUUCUACAGUGUGAUCGACGAGGACCCAAUUUCGAUUUCACGGGAUGGGAACGUCUACCUGCACAUAUUGACGAAGAACAAGUUCAGCUUGAUGUGAACAGGUCAUUCGUCUACUACCCUGAAUGCUCUGACCAGGAGCUCUCUAUCAAGAAGGAUGAGCUCUCCAAGUUGAUCAAGCAAGUCCUGCGGUGCUUUCCCAUGCUCUGCUACUUUCAGGGCUAUCAUGAUAUCGUUCAAGUCCUACUACUAGUGCUCGGUGGACAAAAUAGCGCUGCUGCCGUGGCACAAAUAUCUCUUCUUCGGAUAAGAGAUUACAUGUUGCCGUCCCUUUCGCCAGCGCUGAAACACCUAGAGCUGAUCCCUGCGAUCAUUGAGAAGGCAGACCCUGCAUUACGGCGUCACCUCGCCGAAAUCAAACCAUUCUUUGCACUCGCUGCGACUCUGACGAUGUACUCUCACGACAUCCAAGAAUAUAGCGACAUUGCACGCCUUUUCGACUUCCUGCUGGCCCAGGAACCGGUAGUCUCCAUAUACCUCUUUGCAGCCAUCAUUCUCUCCCGCAAGAAAGAAUUGCUUGAAUUUUCAGUCGAUGAAACCGAUAUGCUGCAUUUUACCCUAUCCAAGCUUCCAAAUCCCUUGGAUCUUGAGGGUUUGAUAUCCCGCGCGAUGCAGCUUUUCGAAGCUCACCCGCCGGAAAGUCUGCCAUUAGGAGCCUGGAAGCGCAUUCCAGAGUGCAGUGUGCUGAAAUCUUCAAGGGAUCUCGUCAGGAUCCAAGGACCCGAUGAAACAGUCGACCUCUUCGCGAAACAAGUACGGCAUCUACGUUGGGAAGAGCGGAAGGAGAAGACCGUCGCUUUCUUGUGGAAUCACAGACGGACAAUCGGCUCGGUGGCCGUGACAAUGUUCAUUGGUGCUAUGUCGUUCUGGAUCAAGAAGAGGGGAUUUGACAAUACGAUAUGGGCGUAUGUCAGUAGGUUCCAUGGGGCCUUGCAGGCCCGAGGCUAUCUUUAAUCUUAUGUGACCAUUGGGAAAGACAAAAAGGCACCGGUUCAGAAAUAAGGCUUGGGAUUUUAUGUACAAAUAUU